AUGUCUGACCUUUGGAAUGAUCUCACGCCCCGCACCGAGGGUGUGUGCAAGGACAUUUCCCUUAAGGAUGCCGGUAAAAUCCUUCUCAAGCUCCGUAUGGAGGAAUCCCCUGGACUUAAUUCGCUUUUGGAAGUUGAAGAGAUGGGGAAGCCGCUGCAGGGUGUACGCAUUUCUGGCUGUCUUCACCUCACUGGCGAAGUCGGUUGCCUGAUUACAACCCUCAACAGGCUCGGCGCUACUGUCAGAUGGGCGUCGUCAAACCCCUUCUCCGCCCACGACGGUAUCUGCGCUGCUCUUAAGGCUUACCACAGCGACAACACCACCAUUUUCGCCUGGAAGGGUGAGACCAUUGAGGAGUACUGGUGGUGUGUUUACCAGUCCCUCCGCUGGCCCGGCCCGGACGGCCCCAACCUGAUCGUUGACGACGGCUGCGGUGCCUACAACAUGAUCAAGCUCGGUGUGGACCUCGAAAGGAUGCACGCGAAGGACGGGAGCUUAUUGAACCCCGCCGACUUCGACGAGAACGACAGGGACACCCAGUGCCUCAUUAAGCUGCUUAACAAGCUGGUUGUGGAGCAGGGCUACUUCUGGGAGAAGCUCGCCUCCCAGGUGACUGGACUCUCGGAGGAGACCACCAGCGGCGUUACGCACUUCCGCAACAUCUGGAAAAAAUGCGGACUGCUCUUCCCAGUCAUGAGCACCAAUGACUGUGUCACCAAGCAGAAGUACGACAACAUCUACGGCUGCAGGCACUCUGGCAUCCACGGCUUCUUCAACGGAGCUGAUGGAUUCCUCAUUGGUGGCAAGACCGCCGUCGUUAUCGGCUACGGUAACGUUGGCAAGGGUAUUGCCCAGGGCUUCAGGGGACAGGGCGCCAACGUCAAGAUCACCGAGAUCGACCCCAUCUGUGCCCUGCAGGCUGCCAUGGACGGCUACGACGUCGUGCUCCUCGAGGACGUCGUGGAAACCGCUGACAUCUUCAUCUCCUGCACCGGUGGCAUCGACAUCAUCACCGUUGAGCACAUGAGGCGCAUGAAGAACAAUGCCAUACUCGGCAACAUCGGCCAGGGUGACCAGGAGAUCCAAAUGUCUGAACUCAGCCAGGUGCCAGGACUCGAAAUUAUCAACAUCAAGCCCGGAUCCGACUACUUCAGAUUCCCCGACACCGGAAAGGGUGUCAUCAUCCUCGCCUACGGUCGUCUUUACAACCUUGGCUGUGCCAACGGGCACCCCGCCUUCGUCAUGUCUGCCUCCUUCACCGACCAGACGCUGUGCCUGCUCGAGCUCUGGAGGAACAGGGACAACGGCAAGUACGGCAAGUGCAUCAACAGGCUUCCCAAGAUCCUAGACGAGACCGUUGCCAGGUACCACCUGAAGGCGCUCAACGUCAAACUCACCGUCCCAACCGCCAAGCAAUGCAAGUUCCUGGGCAUCCAGCCGGAGGGCCCAUUCAAGGAGGACACCUACCACUACUGA